AUGGGAAGAUGCCUGACUUUCAACCGUAACCACUUUUUCAUCGGGCUGUUCUUCUUCAGCUGUCUGAGCCAUUUGGGCCUUGCCCAGUAUGAGCACUGGCCCUAUUAUUCCGGCUACCCGGAGCAACCCCCUUCAGAAUACCAUGCCCCCCAGCAGCCGGCCAAUGUCCCCAAGAUUCAGCUGCGGCUGGCCGGGCAGAAGCGGAAGCACAACGAGGGGCGGGUGGAAGUGUUCUACAACGGGGAGUGGGGCACGGUGUGUGACGACGACUUCUCCAUCCACGCCGCUAACGUGGUGUGCAGAGAGCUGGGCUACGUGGAGGCUGUGUCCUGGUUGUCAAGCUCCAAGUAUGGAAAGGGAGAAGGCAAAAUCUGGAUGGACAAUGUCCACUGUACUGGCAAAGAGGUGACGCUGGCAGCAUGUACCACAAACGGCUGGGGCGUCACAGACUGCAAACACACCGAAGACGUGGGAGUCGUCUGCAGUGAAAAGAGGAUCCCUGGCUUCAAGUUUGACAAGCCGUUUCUCAACCAAAUAGAGAACAUGAACAUCCAGGUGGAGGACAUAAGGAUCCGAGCUAUUCUUGCUACCUACCGCAGGCGUGUGCCUGUUACGGAGGGUUAUGUGGAGGUGAAAGACGGAGGGAGCUGGAAGCAGAUCUGUGACAAACACUGGACCGCGAAGAAUUCCCGAGUCGUCUGCGGCAUGUUUGGAUUUCCGGGCGAGAGGAAAUACAACGCCAAGGUCUACAAGAUGUUUGCCAGCAAGAGGAAGCACAAUUAUUGGGCUUACUCCAUGGACUGCACUGGCAACGAAGCUCACAUCUCCAGCUGCAAACUGGGCAACCAUCUCAGUGUGGAUGCCGAGAAGAAUAUCACCUGUGAAAACGGGAUGCCUGCCGUGGUGAGCUGCAUCCCUGGGCGUGCCUUUGCUCCCAGCAGCAACAGUGGCUUCCGAAAAGCCUUUAGGCAGGAGCAGCCGUUGGUCAGGCUGAAAGGCGGGGCCAAGGUUGGAGAAGGCAGAGUGGAAGUGCUGAAGAAUGGGGAAUGGGGAACUGUUUGUGACGACCGAUGGAACCUGAUUUCAGCCAGUGUGGUCUGCCGAGAGCUGGGUUUCGGGAGUGCCCAGGAGGCUAUAACAGGCGCAAGGCUUGGACAAGGAAUGGGUCCCAUUCACCUAAAUGAAAUAGACUGUACCGGGUUUGAAAAAUCCAUCACGGACUGCAAGUUCAACACAGAGUCACUGACUUGUAACCAUGAAGAAGAUGCUGCUGUAAGGUGCAAUGUUCCAGCCAUGGGUUUCCAGAAUCAGCUGCGUCUGAGCGGUGGCCGUAACCCCUACGAGGGCCGGGUCGAAGUCCUGAUGCAGCGCAAUGGCACUCUGAAGUGGGGGACUGUCUGCAGCCAGAACUGGAGCACCGUGGAAGCCAUGGUAGUGUGUCGCCAGCUAGGCCUCGGCUUCGCCAGCCACGCCUUUCAGGAAACUUGGUACUGGCACGGAGACGUCAGCGCCAAUGACGUCGUUAUGAGUGGCGUGAAGUGUUCCGGGACGGAGAUGUCCCUGGCGCACUGCCGGCACGAUGGCGCCCGGGUGUCGUGCCCCAGAGGCGGCGGCCGCUUUGCCGCGGGAGUUUCCUGCUCAGAAACUGCCCCGGAUCUGGUGCUCAAUGCUGAAAUGGUGGAGCAAACCUCCUACCUGGAGGACCGCCCGAUGUUCUUGCUGCAGUGUGCGCUUGAGGAGAACUGUCUGGCCACCUCGGCUGCCAACACAUCCGUUUCCACUGGCUACAGGAGGCUCCUGCGCUUCUCCUCCCAGAUCCACAACAACGGGCAGGCUGACUUCCGCCCCAAGAACGGCCGCCACGCCUGGAUUUGGCACGACUGCCACAGACAUUAUCACAGCAUGGAGGUUUUCACACACUAUGACCUGCUGAACCUCAAUGGUACCAAGGUGGCCGAAGGACACAAAGCGAGUUUCUGUUUGGAAGACACUGAAUGUGAAUCAGAUGUGCAGAAACAGUACGAAUGUGCUAAUUUUGGGGAACAAGGAAUCACAGUGGGAUGCUGGGAUGUCUAUCGUCAUGAUAUUGACUGCCAAUGGGUCGACAUUACUGAUAUCCCACCAGGAGAUUACCUCUUCCAGAUUGUCAUUAACCCAAACUACGAAGUUGCAGAAUCGGAUUAUUCGAACAAUGUGAUGAAGUGCAAGAGCCGGUAUGAUGGACAGCGCAUCUGGAUGUACAACUGCCAUAUAGGUGACUCCUUAGGCCAAGAAAUGGAACAGAAAUUUGAUCACUUCAGCGGACUCACAAAUAACCAGGUGUCCACGCGGUAG